CAAGGUUCAAAGGUCUAUAGUUAAGGCUGUAAAAGAGGCUAUGUAAAUCCUGCAACAAUGUCUCACUGGAAACAAAUGAAUAAACAUGAGUUGGAGAAACAGUAUUCACCCAGCCAGUGGUCGCACAGGAUGUCCGCCGAUGCCGUGAUAAAAGCCCACGAGGCAGCACUGAAGUCAGGUACCGAGAAGGCACGAGCUGUUGCACAGAACAUUCUGGAUGUUCCUUAUGGAGAGAGAGAUGAAGAGAAGCUGGAUGUGUACAUGCCUCUCAGUUCCUCCCCAGAUGUGCCUCUAGUUAUCUACCUCCAUGGUGGUUACUGGCAGUUCCUGAGCAAGGAGGAAUCAGGUUUCAUGGCUGUACCAUUGACCCAGAAGGGUGUUGUGGUGGUCGCUGUCGAUUACAGUAUUGCCCCGAAAGGUGAUAUGGAUUUGAUGGUAUCUCAGGUACGCAGGAGUCUGGUGGCGGUCAUUCAGCAGUAUUCACACAUCAGUGGGCUGUACCUGUGUGGUCAUUCUGCAGGUGGACACCUGGCGGCCAUGGUUCUCUCUACCGACUGGUCAGAGUACAAUGUAUCACCUCAAAUCAAAGGAGCGUUCCUUGUUAGCGGCAUUUACGAUCUGCUGCCCAUGAUGUCCACAUAUGUGAACGACCCACUGAAGAUGACAGAUGAGGUGGCUCUUAGGAACAGCCCCAUUCGGUUAGUGUCUCAGCUUAAAAAGUCCUGUUCAGACUGUGACAUUGUUGUUGCUGUGGCACAAAACGACUCCCCUGAGUUCCGGAGGCAGUCAGAAGAAUACUUCAAGUCUUUGCAAGAAGCCGGACUUAAGGUUACUUUUGAGGACAUACCGGACACGGAUCAUUUCAACAUCAUUGAGCAGCUUGUGGAUGAAAAGUACUACCUCACACAGCUCAUACUGAAGAUGAUGGGCAAAAGCUAAGGGGAAUGCCACUGGUCCUCAAAUCAUCCACAUUUCUUUCCUAGAGUUUUGUGUCUGUGUUUAUGAGCAGUCACCUUAUUAUGCCUGAAUGUUCAGUUUAACUAUGGGUCAAUUAAAUCAUAUUUCUUGUUGUUAUUUGGGAGUAACAAGGUAUUUCCACAUCAGAUCAGUCUGUCCUGCUGUUUGUGAGGUAGUUCUGUGUACAGUCUUCAUGAAUUUUCUGUGAUUUGUGUCACUAUGAAUUCAUGCACUCGAACGAGAUGUUUUCAGAUGUUGGUUAAACAGACCUUUAUCUGAUUUAUAUAAUCCGCCUGCUGUGUGUUGCCACACAAAUAAUGUAGCAAAUUCAUCGGUCUGCAUGAAGAAAUGAAUCAUACCUAGGCUGCAACUGCUAGACGUCCUCAAAAGUUCAGUUCUAGCAUGAUUUUGCGUAUCAGAUUGUACUGAAGAGGAAGCAAGCGUUAACAUGGUUACCAUAUUUGGGCUGAAAUUUGUGUCUGUGGUGAGUGUUAUUAAUGUGCAGAUUGUGGAUCUAUGUAAAAGCAACUACCAUAAUAAAAAAAAAUCGAACUGGUAA